AUGAGUGGAUUUGGUGUAACCAGCUCGUUACCCCAACAAUCCACAGCGACAUCAGUAGCCACAGCAACAAGUGUGGGUGCUGGGAAAGACAGGCCAGCGGGCAAAGCAACUAGUGUGGGUGCUCGAAAAGCCAGGCCUGUAGGCAACGAAACAACUGAAGGUGCUCAAAAGCAGUGCACCGGCCGCAAUAUCUCGGCAAAACGACUAACGAAAGGCAGAUUUCAAUCAAUCCUAUUUCCUCUACAAAAUCCAAAUUAA